GCGCCAUAUUAAAAUGCACCCUCCUCACUGCCCGUGAGAUUGUAGCUUAGCAGCAGCAGCUAGCCACCACUCUGCCUUUUACAUCCCCAAGCCUGACAAGAGGGCAACGACGUGAUGGAAACUGACUCGCUUGAAGAGGCGCUCAGAGAUUUUGAUAAGAAAGCAAAGAAGGAGCCAUCCCCCCUUUUGGAACAGUUUCUGUGCCAUGUUGCAAAGACUGGACAGACCAUGGUGCCAUGGUCACAAUUCAAGAACUACUUCCUGUUUAAGUUGGAAAAAGUGAUGGAUGACUUCAGAGCCUCAGCACCCGAGCAAAGAGCUUCUGCCAAUCCAAAUGUGGAGUCGGUUCCAUUUGAGGAUAUGAAGGAGAGAAUCUUGAAGAUCGUGAAGGGAUACAAUGGAAUCCCUUUCACAAUCCAACGAUUGUGCGAGCUGCUCACAGAACCCAAAAGAAACUACACUGGAACAGAUAAGUUUCUUCGAGGGAUGGAGAAGAACGUGAUGGUGGUAAGCUGUGUCCAUCCCACUUCAGAGAAAAACGGUUGCAGCGCCGUCAACCGAAUGAAUGGAGUGAUGCUUCCAGGAAACACAUCUGCUUUUACAGAGAGGAAAGUAAAUGGUCCGGGAACCCCUCGACCGUUGAACAGACCAAAGGUGUCUCUGGCCAACUCACUAGCAGCUAAUGGUCUGCCAGACAGCACAGACAACAAAGACCUCAACACAGAGCAAGAAGACAACAAAGACACCAGCAACGUUUCGCCUUCAGAAGGCUCCCCAGGGAGCGCUGUGAAGAACAAACACUCGGAGGAGGAGGAAGAAGAGGACAUGGAGGCUGAACACCAAGAGGUAAAGAGACUAAAGUUUUGCAAGGAAGAGGAGGAUGAAGACGAUGAGCAGGAAGUGGAGACGCUAAGGUCUUCAGACAGUAGCCACCACUCAAAAGAAGCUGAAGCCAUGGUACAGGAGGAGGAGAAUGAGAAGGAGAGCGAAGCCUCCAGCACUGCAGCUGCCAGCGAGGAGCAAGAACCGUCUAGCAGCACACAGCCAGAGGCCUGUGAGGGAUCAAACCAGGAGGAGGGAGAGCAGGCUGAGAGGGAGGUACCAUGUGGUUCAGAAGAGGAGGGCACUGACAUGGAUCAGACAGACCAGCAGGCCCCUGCAAGUGUCCAGGAGAGCCCGGAGACCAGCAGAGACGGAGAGGAGAGCAGCAGCGACCCAGUCAGCAGCAGCAGCAGCAAAGGUAGCAGCUGUAGUACAGAGGAGGGGGCAGAGGCAGCCAGAGAGGACGUCGCUGUCACUCCCUCCAGCAGUACAACUGAACCUCCUAUAGAGGGCGCCACCUCAAACACUGAGACCACCGAGGAGCCUAUGGAGCAGGAUUAGACUGAAGGCCACCCCCUGCAGCCAUGUGUGACCGUAAACCAGCUCGUCCUUGAAUCCAGGCCUACCAUCAAUGCGAGCCAGGACGAAAGGCACCUCAAACACAAGAUGAACACCUCGUCCUGCAUCUGGACACUCCUCCAAAAUGGCUACCUGGCACGGAAGUGGGAUACAGAAAAGAAAGUUUUUGUUUUUUCUUCUUUUUACUGGAAUAUUUUACAGGUUUCUGUUUUUAAAUCUCUCUCCCCCACCCCCCCACCCUAAAAACAGGGUUGGUUUCAGCAGCCUUGAAUAUUUUGGCUGGAUUUGUCUUUUUGGGGGGAUUUUUUUAUAUUAAUUUCUAUGUUCAGUGGGGUUGUUCUGAAUACUGUGGUGGUAUGGCUAUUUCUUUGGACCACUUACUCCAAUCUGCUGGCCAUUUGAUGUAACAGUAAGUCAUUUGAAGUUUAGCCAUUUGAAACAGAGCCAUCCCACUGAUCAUUAUUCUUUAGACUUUUCAGAUUUAAUAAAAUCACUUUUUUUUUUUUUUUUCUUUAAGUGUUGAAAUGUUAAUCCACACCACGAUCCAUCAGCCAGUUCAUUCUUUUUACCGUUGACUACUCAGUUCCUCUGAGACGGGACGCUGUUAUGUUCACCACUCUCCGUCUUCUUGCUUUAGGCGUCUUUCCACAGAGAUACACUACCAGUACACCCACUGAACUAUAAAGACAUGCUACCCUUUUAGAAGCGUCCUCUCUAAACUGAUGUUUUCUUGGAUGCAUAAAACCAUAAUUUAUGAUGAUUUUAGUUCAGUGACUCCUUCAGGAGUACGUUUUGGUUUUUGUCUGCCAGUUGUAGUUCCCAGAAAACCAGCUGUAAGUACAAAGACUGAGCGCUUUCUUUGUAUCGUGAUGUCACCACGUUGUUUCACCGACCGACUGACCAACUGACCGAUAUCCAGUUUCUGGUUCCAGUUCUACACCUGUUUCUGCAGCUGUACUUUUUUGAUAUUUAGAAUUUUAAAUUUCUGUAAAGUAGAUUUUUUUUGUAGAUUGUAAUACAGUAUGUGUUCACUGCCUUUGUGAAAGCAUAUAUAAUUGUAUAAUUUCUGUGUAUACUCUGAAUGCUUUUGCUUUCAGUGAGGUAUUCAGAAGCAGCAAUAAAUGUUAACAUUUUUA